AUGACGUCAGGGCCCAUAAUGGAGACGGAGGAACGGUCUGCUAGCCCGAUGAGCAGCAGCAGCUGGACGACCCUCGGGGAGUUUGAUUCUCUCUCCAACGACGGGUCUGGACACGACAGCACAGAUACCGCUUCUCUCAUCGAGGGUAGCCUGGGAGACGAUGUUCUCAGCCUUGACGGCAACGACGACGGAAGCGAACGCAGCUUCGCAGACAUAGACGGGAUCAGCAACUCCUCCGAAACACCGUCCCUCGUCACCCCAUCCCUCACUCAUACUGACGAUGACUACAAUGAUGUUGAGCACGAGUAUGAAGACGAAGACGAACAUGAGCAUGGGACCAAUGUUGCUACGCCCUCCGGCUGGGGCUCGACUCCCGAUUUGGCCCAGGACGAAUAUGAGGAAGACCAACGCGUGGCUGAAGAGAACAGAGUGUACAUGCACUCUCACUGGGUUUCAACUUCCAGCCUGGACGAAGCCGAGUCCGAAGACGAGGACGCCCCGGAGGUGCAAUACGUUUUCGGCGGGCAGGGAGGAGAUAUCUCCGAUGUUCGGGCUGGCUGGAACUCAACGUCCACUUCUACAGAAUUCACUCAACCGAAUCGCAUAACGGAAGCCGACAAAGCUGUGCUGAAAGAGAUAAUCGAAUCCACCACCCAGGCCACUCCUCGAGGAAACAUCACACGUCCUACUACCGCCGCUUCUGAGAAAUGGAAGAAUCGAGGGCUUAACAAGCCGGGCCAGGAGAUGCCCUUCCUUAUGAAAGCCAAGUCAGUAGUUGAGGCGCACGCAGAUAUUCUCAUAGUUAUGUUAUUUUCCCUCAUAUUUGCCACGUUGAUGACUAUGGUGUUGGGAUAUGCCUGGCUAUAUCUCAAAGCCGGAAUCGUCUUUGCCUUCCAAGGCUGCAUGCAGCUAUUUGGACUCUUUUCCGGGGCCCAGGAAGGCGCGUCUACAGGCAAAGUUCAAACAGCAGUCACACCCACUGCCACUCCAGUUAUCUCUGUGAAUGCUCCUGUAUUCUCAACCUCACCAAAGGGCGGGUACAUCUCCCCCGUCACUGUCCCGAAACUCCCAGAUGUCGAUUCAUACCUCUUACAGUUGUCCUGGGAAAUCCGGAGCCACAACGAGACAGAAGACGUCCAGGUUCAUGCCGUCGGUGACAACCACGUAAUUGUCCGGCUACCAUCACGCCUUGCAUCAGGGAAAAGGAGCUCAAAGUUCGAUAUCAAAGUAACCCGAGAUAACAAAGAUGUUCUCCCAUUCGAGCUUUACAAACUUUUCGAUGGCGUGUUUACCCUUCGGCUGGCUCCCGAGGAUGCGUAUGGCCCGAUGAACGUCACAGUCUCCACAAAGUCAAAGCCAUUGAUCAACCAAACCACUAGCAUUGAUUUCGGGACUCCAUGGUUGAAAGUAGCAAGCUGGAAAAAAGCUACCCAGUUACUGUCAAAGAAUCUUCGUGAAGACUUCAACUUUGCCCAAACGGAAUUCACAAAAAUAUACAUUAAACUUACCUUGGACCUUCAAAACAUCUGCGGUACGGUCUGUGGCGAUACCAACCAAUAUACUACCAAAAACGGCUCAUUUCGGCACGUUAUCACAACCGCAAAAGGCCUAUUAGCUAAAUUAAGGGCCAUUUCAGAUAGCUUCUCACUCGACGACCUAAUGGCAAGGGCGAAAAUCUUGCAAUAUGAUGCCGAAGACGUUGUCAACGCUAUUUUGGCGGCCGCUCAAAAAAGCGCAAGGCAGAUUCGAGCUCAUGCCUUCCAUUUUGAUUUGAAGACUAAGUUCCGAGACAUCUGCAAGCAUCCAGCCCUUUCGGCUGCGCAGAGAAACGCAAGAUCUUACUUAGCGAAGGUAUUCAGAUGA